UUCCCUCAACAGAUAAAAUAUUUUCGAAAGUAUUGAAUUUAGUUCAGCAUUACAUAUUGACAGUCAGCGAUGUGUGAAAUGGAAGGUACCGUCUCAGUUGAAAACAGCAACAAAUCUUUUCCGAGUGGCAGUUGUGAUAGUCAAAUUGACAUUUGCACACAAGGAACAUCCUCAGCAGUUAGUAGAGACUUGAAAACUCCUUCCACCUGCAAUUUGGAUCAACUUAAUUUUCAGAAUGUGCCCAACAAGAAACGAACCGGUGCUUCUGGAGCAAGAAGAGGUGCCAAAAAGAAGCGUAAAAAGUCACAUUCUUGUAAAAUUUGUGAAAAGGCAUUUUCUGAUUCGGCAAAACUUAAGGCACAUUUAAGGGUCCAUUCUGGGGAAAAACCAUUUUCCUGCGAGAAAUGCUCAAAAUCCUUCACCCACGCUUCAAACUUAAAAACUCAUUUGCAAACCCAUAUUACUGAAAACUGUUGUGAUUUUUGUUCAAAAGAAUUUUCUACAUUUUCUAUGCUACAGAAACAUUUGAGAGAGCAUACUAGUGAAAAAUCGUAUCCUUGCAAAGUUUGUUCCAAGUCAUUCGCUCUACCCUCACUACUCAAUUCUCAUAUGCGAUAUCAUGCCGAGAAAACACAUAUUUGCGACUAUUGUUCAAAAGGCUUUUCUCAAGCAGCAGGCCUAGUAGAGCACGUGAAAUUUCAUACCGGCGAAAAACUGCACCUUUCGUUUAUUACGUUUUCAGAGUUAAAAACACAUAUGAGAACCCACACGGGAAAAAAAAAACACUCCUGUGAAUUUUGCUCGCAAUCGUUUUACACGGUUCCACUUUUAAAAGCACAUAUGAGGAUUCAUACUGGAGAGAAGCCAUUUUGUUGCGAGUUUUGUCCAAGAACGUUUGCUUAUAGUGGAACUCUUAAAAUACAUUUGAGAAGCCAUACCGGCGAAAAGCCUUAUCCCUGUGGGCUCUGCUCCAAAACUUAUGCAUUAAAAAGAAGUCGAGACAUACAUUUAAGAGUACACACCGGCGAAAAGCCAUUUGCUUGUACACAUUGCUCUAAAGCCUUUAACCGAGCUGAAACUCUUAGAGUACAUUUAAGAAGCCACACAGGCGAAAAAACCGCACUCUUGCCAAUUCUGCUCCAAAUCCUUUUCAAUGAAAUUCCAACUAGAUAUCCAUUUGAGAACUCAUACCGGUGUGAAACCAUAUGUUUGCGAGUAUUGUUCAAGAGCCUUUUCUAUAAAAGGAAGUCUUAAUAGACAUUUGAUAAGUCAUCAUAGCAACAAAAACAUAGAUAGAGUGAACUUGGACUCUAAAAUGUGAACUAUUAUCAGAAAUUGCUAAUACUUUUUCAAUUAGUUAUUGACAGAUAAAAAAAGUUAGUAAUAACUAAGGCAUAUACCAGUAGUGUCCAGUGCUUCAGUAGUGGCCACUUCAAGGUUUAAAACGCAAAAGUAGUGGGCACAGUGAAAUAUAUUUUUUAACUGGGUCUACAAAAGUAAUUGCCCCUCUUAAAAGUCAAUGAGGGUAUUUUAGCCCAACUCUUUCUAAAUCAUCCCAAUUCCUAAAAAUGACAGAUUUUUAAUUUGAUCAGUUUUUUUUUUCCAAUCCUCAAAUUUGAUCCAGUAGUGGCUACUCUAAAAUCUGAAAAUUUCAGUAGUAGCCAUCUGACAUUCUCACAUCUGAAGAAGUUACAUUACUUACUUUAAUUCAAAAUAAUUGAUAAAUAAAAUCGAUUCAAUAUGAUAGUUACAUUAAGUACCAAAAAAAAAAAAUCACAUUAUCAAUGUUCAUUUCUUUCUUCAGAGGAUAUAAGUAAGCUUGAAGUGGCCACU